AGCAGCAAGACAGUAAGCAAGCAAGCAAGCAAGCAAGAGUCAAAGUCUGACUGUGUGUGACGGUGUCUUUCGGGAUAGGGCCUGUUGGAAGAAAAAUCCACCUUUUUUUCUGAAGUUCGGUUUCGAGGUUUCCGGUUUUUGGACUAGUUGGAAGAACAUCCCGAAGACCGUAUCGACGGGACACCGUGGACGAUUUUCUUUACGCGGUGGAAUUUGCGGUGGACACGGUUGCGCUGCACGGUUGGACCUCCUCGGUCAGUUUCAUCCUGCCUGGACGUGUGACACACUGUGCUUAGUGGGGAGGAAAAUUGGUUGAAAUCGAAAAAUCGGGAACUGGUUCGUGUAGAUUUUUGGCCAGCGAGGGCGAAACGGUGGACGGUUGAGUUUGGGAACUAAAACAGUAGGUUUUUUUUAACGUUUACGUCGGAACGAACGGUGGAAUCAAUAGUUGGAUAGGAAAAGUUUUUCCCCGAGCAAGGCGUGGAGAAAAAUCUGUUCUCGUACGUCGAAGGCUGGACGGAAUCGAAGUGGCGAGUGAAGCAGAUUUUCGGAUUUUCCGUUGAUCCUAGUGCGUGUGUGUCAAGUGUUUGAAACUAGGACAAUGAGCUGAGUCUACACCGUCGAUAGCGUACAUUGAAAACCCACGUGGUAGCUAAAAAUCAAACCCAAAAUUUCGAUCCCCCUCGGAAGGCCUUUGUCCUCAUUUGUAAAUAUAUCCACCAUCUAAUCUCGUCCUGCACUAUCCCCAAACAUCCCGAACCCCACGCUCUCUCGAUGAGCCGGUUGGUUGUUGUCACACAAAGAGUGCCCAAGUGAUCCCUACCAUGAUACACCGGAAAUGGAGCUCCGAUCACAGCCAACAGCGCCGACGACUACCUUCGAAUUCGCGACAACAAUCAGCAGAGCGGCACCAGUCGUCAUCGUCGGCAGCAGCUCAGGAGCACCAGUAACGCCCUCGAUCGGGUCCGUAAACAGUUCUUGACAGCGGCUGAGCAACGCCACGCCACCGCAAAGCACCCAGUUUUCGGGGACUUUUUCGAUUUCUGCUUCCCAAAACUACCUUCCAUACCUUCCGCUUCCGCAUCGAAACUGGAUGCUCUUCGCCGACACGUGCUCUAGAUUGAAAACCGACGCUUGGUGAACUUCUGAUCCACUUUUUUGUAGUCUAUGAAUUGUUUACCAACAGGUGGUAGCUGUCAAACUGAAUGGUAGAAGAUAAACAUAAACAAACAAAAGAAACAAGAAGUUUGCUGAGAGAUUAAAACUAGAAGAAGAGCAGCUGAGUCAGUUUUCUAAGUGCCAAAAUCAACGCGUGAAAAAAAAGGACAGAGAUAAAGUAGGCGGAAAUUGUGUUUGGAUCUGUUUUUAUACUCUCGUAACCUUUAAUAGUGGACAACCUUAGCCGAGGAAAUUAUAAAGGAAAAUAGUCGCAACCAUUCAAGUUAAUAAUACACAUAAACAAACGAAUGAGUAGAGAAACUCGUGUAUGUGUGUGUGUGUGUUUCUUUUUUCGUAAAAUUUGAGUAGUGAAACCGAAGAAAUACCCAAAUAGUUGUACGAAAUCCCGAAAGUGAAUCAUUUGUAGUGAAAUUGUUGAAAGUCAUUGCUUGCACCAAUCACUGUUAAUCUUACCAACAACAACAACAAAACAAGUGCAACGGAAGUGACGAAGAGGAAAACAGGAGACAAGUGUAGUGAAUGUUUUUUCGUAAACAAAAGGAUUCGUCAUCGUCAGAGGAAUAUUAGAGCUUUUUAAGUCGCUGUUUUUAUUGGGAUAGCUGUUUGAUAAAGCUGAAUGAUAGCAUAACCAUGGAGGAUUCAGCGCAUCCACUGUUAGUGGGGUUUCCCGAUGUGAACAUUUUCUAGGCGCUGUUGUGUCAACGAUUCGAAAGCGGACGAUAUGGGCACAGCAUGGCCUCAGAAGUAUCAUUCAUCGAGAGGACAUGCCAGCGCCAUUCUAGCACAGAACAAGACCUCCUUGCACGUGGCACUAGCAAAUGCAUCAACUACGACGACGACGUUAGCAGAACCGGCAGAACCGAAAGUUCAACAACGGCGUCGACGACGACGACGACUACGGCAACCCUCGUCGAACCGGUUGGAACAGACGACAACGACGCCAGCAGCUACUACUACCAAAUCUCCACAUCAGCAACGCCAGAACGGGUGGCCUCAGCCUGCUUCGUUCAGCGGCAAAAGCGAAGGCACUUUCUAUGCGGCCGAUGUGGUCCAUUCCGUUGGCCCAGUGGGCGACCGGAACUCGAGCGUUUCACUUCCACAGUCGUCCACCAACACCACACCGGGCGACGAAGAGGACGACGACUGCGGUGUGCAUCAACCGGUAGCGGCUCAGUUGUCGCUGUAUCUGUGGUGGCUUCUUUUCGCAAAGGCAAUCUUUUCUACUCGAAUCGACGACCCUGGUCACUGUUGGUCACGGCCGCCCACGGAAGGGUGGCACCUCGCCAUCGCCGGCGACCAGGGAAGCAUAAAAGCGCUUCCCACCGGGGGUUACAAACGACAUUCUGCAACAACCAAGUCAACAGCAACAACAACAACAACAACAACCAUGAAUGCUUCCAAUCAAGUAACACUAAACAGAUUCAUACGUUUAACGGUAACACUUUUGAUAACACGAACCCUAAUGUUAAGAAGACUAGUGCUCGCCACCGCCGCAGUGGUCCUGAUGUCCGACCGGAACCAGACGAACAAGAAACAACCGAACGCUGCCAUAGUAACCAGUAUAGUAAGAAGCCGAUUGCGACCCGCAAAGACGAUGGCGACAACGACGACGCCACGUUGGCCUCAGUUUUACGGCUACUCCAACUGUUGCUGGCCAUCCUCGUAUCGUCAUCCACUUCUGUAUUCAGCAGCAUCAGCAACGACAGCAGUAGCAAUCAUUUCUCACUCAGUGCCACGUCAGCAUCAUGGCGACGACGACAACAACAACAACAACAGCAACAACAACAGCCGCAGCAACAACGACGAAGACAAGAGGCUAGUAGCAAUCCAUGCAGUAGUGGUAGUAGUAAUUGUAGUGACGGCCAUGAAGACACAGGAGAUGUACGACGACGACGACGACGGCUACAACAAGGUGCUUGUAAGGCGAUCGCAACCGGCGGUGUUCAGAAGGUGGUCCAACUGUUCCUGCCAGCGCUGCUCAUUGUUAACAUGUUCACGUUUCUCCACGGAGCGACGGGCGCUGAGCUUGUCAUAGACGCAUCGGCCGGGGUCGCCGUAGCUAGUGCGUACACGGACUCACGAUCCCGUAUCUCGAUGGUGCAGUAUUUGGAACCCCUGUCCAGACCUACCAAGGCACCAAAGUGUGAUCAGACGUUCGUGUCCCGAAGUGGUGGUCCCUCGAAUGGAACGUUCAACGCACCGCUGCUCACCAAUCCAGCGAACCACUCGCGCCAGUGUCUGUACAUCUUCCUAGCAGGUCCGGGCCAGCGGGUCGACGUCACCUUCACAUCGUUCAGCCUGCGAGGAUCGCCACCCGAUGGAUCGGCAGUUGGUGAACUUCCAGCUUGCGUCCACGAGUACAUGGACGUGUACGCCGAAGUUCAGUCAUCCGACCCGGCCGAACUGAUCAACUCGCCCUUCGGCGGACGCUACUGUGGACCUAUACCGCCACGUCGUCGUAUUUCAUUAUAUCGUGCUAUUGCAUUGUCAUUUUAUACGGAUAAAAACUCGACAACACCUGAUAUAUUCGAGGGUCGAUAUGCCUUUAUUAAUGAAUCUGAAUAUGAGAUUGGUCAGCCAGUAAUUGGGUCGCCAUGUUCCUAUGUAAUUAAUUUUGCUCAGAAACGUACGGGUGCUAUUAUAUCACCAACUUAUCCAGGUGCCUAUCCAAAAGAUAUGUCGUGCACAUAUCAGUUUAUUGGAAAACCGAACCAGCGAGUGCGAAUCGAGUUCCGUGACUUUGACCUCUUCUUCGGUGGACCGCACUGUCCAUUCGACUACGUCCGGGUGUUCGACGGACAGGACAACACAUCCGCCGUUAUCGGGACGUACUGCGGUCAACAGAGGAACCUGGUCCUCUACUCGAGCGAACAGUUUCUGUUCGUGCACUUUUCGACGCUGCAACGAACCGCCAACACGCAGAAUCGUGGUUUUAAGGGAAUUUUUGAAUUUAGUGAAAGUUUUGUUAAAUUAGAUUUUAUUCGUAAGUAUCUCGAAGGAGACAGACAGUUGAACAACGGCAUUAUUUCUAACAAUAACAACGCAGGUGAAAACAACGGAAUGCAUAUACGAGGCUCCGAAUGUGAUCAGAAAAUCUUAUCGAAGAAAGAAUCGACCGGAUAUGUAUACUCGCCAAAUUAUCCUUUCCCGUUUAUACCGAAAGUAGUUUGUAGAUAUUUCGUUUACGGUAUGCAAGACGCUCAGAACCUCGAACGAGUCAAGCUGGAGUUUUCGAUUUUCGAGAUUCCGAAAGGCGAUCAAAAGGGCGAUUCCAACUGCACGGACGGUUACCUCAAGGUCUAUCUCAAGGGCCAGGAGGUAGCAGAUGCUUACGAUAAAUUCGAUCACGAGCUGUGCGGCAACGAGAUUCCGCACGCCGUCAUCAGUGAUGGGCCUCGGUUGGUUAUGGUGUUCAGUUCGGGUGACUUGCAGGGGCGUGGUUUCAAGGCGAAGUACACCUUCGAGACUGAGUACAAGAUACCGGGAACGGCUGCCCCGGAUGGAACCUGUAGCUUCACGUACCGCAGCACGUCACGGAAAAAGGGCGAGUUAAACAGCCCACGGUAUCCCUCGAACUAUCCAUCGGAAACGAACUGUUCGUUCGUGUUCGUGGCGACCCCGAACGAGCAGGUCACGAUCGUGUUCGACCACUUCAAGGUCAAAGCUGACGGCGCCAAUACGACUUUCGGAGCGUACGGAGCUUCCGUGUGUUUCGAAGACUGGCUGGAGAUGUACGUUCUGUACCGGGAUGGAACGGAUCGUUUCCUGGGAAGGUACUGCAGCCUAACCGCUCCGGGUCCGGUAGAAAGCCCUCGGGGAGCGGUUGGCAUCCGGGUGGUGCUGCAUACGGAUCAGGAAAACGUGGCCAGCGGCUUCAAGGCACGGUACAUAUUCGAAACUGCCAAAUCGGUGUUCGGAGACUGUGGGGGAAACUUCUCCGGAGAGGACUCCGGCAUCGUGAGUUCCCCGAACUUUCCCGCUAACUACGAUGCUCCCGGUAAGGGGCUGGCUUCGCGGGCCUGCAAUUGGUACAUAACGGCACGGAUCGGAUACAAGAUCAUGCUCUACUUUGAUUACUUUGCCAUCGAAGGAGAACCUGCAACUCGGGGCUGUGCAGCGGCCGUAAUGCGCCUGUGGCUGUCACCCGACUCAGAUAUGCCGCCCAUAGAAAUGUGCGGCGAGAAGCCAGCCGUUGAAAACUGGCAAUACGUGACCCAAGGCCAAACCGCACGAAUCAGCUUCACCAGUGCGGACAAGGCCAUUGGUGCACAGGGCUUCCGCAUAAUCUGGACCGAGGUGCAGGAUUCUCCCGUGGGAUCUAGUUCCACGAUGUCGCUGCUGUGCGAGUCCACGUACCACUUUCAGUGUCCGAUUUCCGGCUUCUGCAUCUCGGAGCGACUGCGAUGCGACGGCGUCAAAAACUGUGGCGCCGCGGAUAAUAGCGAUGAAAUGCACUGCACCAUCAUGAUUCCCGAGGAGGAUCACGGCGCUCUAAUAAUAAGCUGCAUAGCCGCCGCCUCGUUCCUAAUCUGUCUCCUUUGCACUCUCUGUCAUCGAAAAAGAAAACGCAGACAUCACAGACAGCUGGGGCUGCAUAGAAACGCAGCCCACUACGACUCGACGACCAGUGCGACCGGUAUCAGCUUAGGUUCCAGCCGGCGCCACCUGCAAGGUGGUGGCAGCCUUUCGGGCAGCCUGCACGGUAUCAACAACAGCGAACCGAUGCAGAUUCCACCGGCACCACUGCCACCGGUCAGUGUACCACCGCACGUGUGCAUCAACGACACCCUGCUUGAUACGGACGACCUGAAUGACGAUCUGUUUGUAAACAACUGCGACCGCUUUGACGAUAACGGCGAGUGUGUAUAGCGGUGAGAGAGACGGACGACGAGGGGGCUGCUCUACCAGCACUGCAGCAUCUGCCAAUUCUGUCAGCAACUUUACCGAGGGCGCUACUGUUGCUCAUUCUACUACUACUACCCGUACGACUACUGUUCUACAAUGCUAGCAAUGCUCUGCUUUGGCAGCAGCACCAGCGCCGACAGCACUCGUCAACUAACGAGAACCCCUAUUAACAACAACAACAACAACAACAAUGGUAUCCAUGGCAACGAUAUCCGAGCAAUCCAAAGCCGCCGAGUAGACAACUACGAUUACGAAGACUACUACUACCAAUACUAUCAUAACAAUCACCAGCACCAGCACCACUACCACCAACAACAACAACAUCCGGCUAUGGUAGACACUACAGUUGACACUGCGAAGGUUAUUUACUAUUAGGUGCCAUUGUUCGUGGAAUUUGAACGACAAAAACACAACGCACGCACGAUUAGUAGCUCUAUUUGAAAACGACUUCUUGACUUUUGUUUUGUUCGAAUCCAGGAAAACAAAAGAAGAAAAAUAAACAAGGCAUUAACAAUAAUUAAACAAGGAUAACACUAACAUUAGAUAAAUUAAAUAUUUUAAUUAAAGGUGAAGAAAAAAGGCAACAGUAAAUGAAUUUUUUAUUCCAAUUAUGAAUUAAAACAAUACUGUCGAGAAAAAUGAUUCAUAAACAACAACAAAACAAACGAUAAAGGAAAAACAUUACAAGUAUAGUAAACAAGAAAAAAAAACAAAGAAAGAUUUCAUAAAUAAUCGCAAUACAUUAUAUUUUAGUUUAGGUUUUCCAAGGUGCAGAUGAAGAAACAUACAAGAACAGUAAAUCUUUAACUGUAACAUAGUUAUUAACGACAAUUGAGCAAAAAAAAAACUGUGAAAAAAACAAAAACAGGAGAGGAAAGUGCGGUGAAGUUGUUUUAUUUGUAAAGUUCAUUUUAUAUGAAAACCCCUUUUUAAUAAAAACAAAAACAAACUGAGAAAAAAUCGUAAACAGACUAGAAGGAGACGCAAGAAAAAAAAAAACUCGUAAACGAAUAACCAAAACACAAACAAACAAAAACUAGGAAAUAUUUAAAAUUAACAAUACACACUGUCACAUUACACGGAAAAAAAAACAAUACACACAUAACAAAAACAAACACGCAUUGAUAUUAGAUGAAAACAAUCGCAAGUACGGGAGAAAAAUCGUAGAAAACACUCAAACUUAACACUUACAAACAGAUAAAGGAAAAUCAUACCACACACACGGGAUAUUAAUUUGUAACAUAAGGAAAAAGGGAAAAAGUUGUUUUUAUAUAUUUGUACGAAAUAGUUAUUAGACAUUGAUAAACAAAAAAAAACGAUGUGUAGACUAAUUGAAAGUAAACAAACGACUAACACAUACAUAGGUAAAACGGGAGAACGAAGCAAGUCAAAGAGGAAGAAGAAUCCAAGUAUUAAACCAAAAAAGCUCAACUUUUCCGAUGAAUACUAAACGAACUCGGUCUCAACUUUUUGUUUGUUAUCAUGGGUAAACAACUUUCUCGAAGUAUUCAAUUUGAUGUUUCUUUCAAGCAAACACACUGAAUGAACUAACCAAUAAUGUAAACAAACAUUAAUUAUGAUCACUCAAGUUUACGCUUACAAUGAUCUUCCCUGUAAUGACAUAACAAAGCGAUGGACGAACGAGGAUAGAACAAAAAAAAACAAACAACUAGUCGAAGUAAUCAAGUUUUGUAUAAACAGUGAAUCAAAACCAAGCCGACGGAGGAAAUAAAAUGGGAAAUUGUUAAAACAUGUGAAUGGGGAAUACACAAACAUAAGCGCAGAGACAAAAGCAUAAAAUACAAGACACUGCUGCAACUAAGCAAGUUAAACACUAACUGAACAAGUAAAACAUAACAAUUAACCAUGUAAUAAAUGUGUAAAGAAACCUAAAACAACUACUAAUUUAACAGAAGCAGGAAAGUGAGGUUAACCAAGAAUAUUAUCGCAAAAUGUGAGCGUCCAAAGAAUAGGUAACACACAUACAUACACGAGAAAACGUAUAGUAAACAAAGAAAAUCAAAACAAAAUAAAAUAACAUGUACACACACAUACACACACACACAUAUGCGUACGAAAGCGGAUAAGAAAACACUGACGGUUUCGUCACACACAAAACACACAAAUAUCACAUUCAAUACACACACACAAACUACGGAAAAAUGGUAAAAUAAAGCAAACAUAAGUGAACAAACAAACAAAAAAAAAACACAACUCGUAUGAAGGUAACAAAAUGUAAAAGAAAACGUCAAAGGGAACUACGACUCCCCUCGAAUCUUCCAAUAGGACUGUAUUUUUGAAAAGUAAGCCACACUCACACCAACACACACUUACACUUGCCGAAACGAAUAAGCAGAGCAAAAGGAAAUGAAAUGAACUUCCAGUUAACCGAGAAAAAUCAAAGAAAAUAAUAAGUAUUGCCUUGCGUUCUUCCCAUGAUUCGUCGCAGCAAGCUUUGACUAUGGCUGUGCUGCUUGUCAACUUUGAAGCCGACCCCCGCGUCCUUCCCUCUUUACACCAUGAAAGCAAGUGGUGAUAACAAAAAAAAACAAAAGAAAAUGCACUCACACAGACAAAAACAACGCGAGAUGUUUGCAAAAAAAACAUAAACAGAUACACACACACACAUACUCACUCUCACACACAGGCACUAGUUAUUUAAAGAGAAAUAGAAACAUUGCUAGGCAGCAAAGCAAAACUGUAAUUGUUUAUACAUGAGUGUCUAGAGCAAAGCGAACCCAAAACAAAAACAUAAUGUGCCAUGCGAUUGUGACGCUCUUUUUUGUUCGGUAGCGUGGUGUGAAAGCUGACUGACUGUUUGUGUACUAGGUAAUUUGCGUUAGGAUGGUUUUCCUGCUUGUUUCGGUACAAAAAAGCUUCUCCGAUCGGAAAUGUGGAUAGGGGAAGAAAUGGAAGGAUCACGCGGAGAAUGCGAAAACAAAAUGGCUAUCAUUGGUUUCAUACAGUGCACUGUGCAUGCAACUGUACCAGACGGGGCAGAUGGAUUUCUGACAGCUCUCAACGGUGAUUUCUUUGUGGUCCACAGUGUGCCAAAACUAGAUUUAGCACAUUUUUAGGGCACUCCUCGGCACACAUGAUGAUGAAUUUUGAUAAAAUUUGGCACACAUCAAGAUUUAGAAUAGCCAUGCUGCUAGCCUUAAGUUUGCAUCAUCUUCUCUAUAUUCCAUAUACUUUUUCGUUGUCGUGAAGCACCAUUUGCACAAUGGAACGUACUCACAGUCGAAACUCAUUUAUUGGAGUUCCUGUAAAGAGAAAUUGAUGACAUUUCAUCCAUUCGGCAGCUUAUCUGCUCGUUUGGAGUGACUUUUGACG